AUGUCCUCCUCCAUUAUGGAGCUUCUGGAGAUAUUUGAUGGCAGUGGGGCGUUCAUUUUCGUGCACAGGCAAGGGCGUCCCAUGCCUGGUUUCGACGUCGUGAGUGGGGCUGACAUCAUUGCAUUUGGCAUUCCCUACACCAGACGUCCAAAUAGUGGGGUGUUACUUGCCAUGGAUGAGCUCCUUGCCAAUGCAGAUCAAUGCACUCGAACAGUUGAAACAAUUGUAAAGGACCGCAGAGUUAUCACUGUGUAUGCAGAGAGUGUCGAGUUGGCCGAACGGCUCGCAUCAGAUGCAAGGACGCUGAGUCUUGCAUUAUUAGGGAAUACUGAGAGUGACGGGUAG